GCAAGUUAAAAGCAGUUGAGCUAAACCCCUAACUCCUUCCUCCAGCUGCCGCGUCUCCGUCUCUAGAAGAAGAAGAGUGAUGGCCGAAGACGGUGGUGAAGUUAGCACCAGGAGGAUCCAAGUGCGCUUGGUGACGAAGUUGGAUGAACCCUACAAAGUUCCGACCGCCGCCAUCGCUAUCCCCGCCGACCUCACCAGACUCGGCCUCUCCUCCAUUGUCAACGCCCUUCUCCGAAACAAAGACGCUGAUCAUAAUCCUGAACCCUUUGAUUUCUUGAUUGAUGGCGAGUUUGUUCGUAUGUCGCUUGAGCAGUUUCUUCUCGCUAAAGGAAUUUCCACGGAAAGGACAUUGGAAAUUGAGUACACAAGGGUUGUAGCCCCACGAAAGGAGGAAGACCCUUCUCUACAUGAUGACUGGGUCAGUGCUGUUGAUGGUUCUUCUUCUCGGUUUUUUUUGACUGGGUGUUAUGAUGGUUUGGGAAGGGUAUGGAAAGGUGCUGGAUUAUGUUCCCAUAUAUUGGAAGGACAUAGCGACGCUGUCUCUUCUGUUUGUAUCGUUAAUCCAGAAGGUGAGCAAACUGUUACUAUAGCUACUGCUUCGAAAGACCGGACACUAAGGCUAUGGAAGCUCAAUACCAAUGAGGCUGUCAACACUCCUACAAGGGUUAGGGCUUUCAAAAUCUUGCGUGGUCACAAAUCUUCUGUACAGAGUGUUGCCGUGCAGACUUCUGGAGAAAUGGUUUGUUCCGGUUCUUGGGAUUGCACCAUCAACGUUUGGAAAACUAGUGACAUUAAUGCAGAAGAUGACCUAGUUUCUAAGAAGAGAAAAGUUGAAGGUCAAGUGAAGGACUCUCAAUUAGAGGGAGAAGCUUACACAACCCUCGUGGGCCAUACACAGUGUGUAUCUUCUGUGGUUUGGCCGCAACGAGAGUCAAUCUACUCUGCCUCAUGGGAUCAUUCUAUUAGGAAAUGGGAUGUUGAGACGGGCAAAAACUUGUCAGAUAUAUUCAGUGGGAAAGUUCUCAACUGCCUUGAUGUUGGUGGGGAAGGUUCUGCUCUGAUAGCUGCUGGUGGUUCUGACCCUGUUAUUAGGGUUUGGGAUCCUCGUAAGCCAGGCACUUCUGGUCCAGUUUUCCAGUUUGCUUCUCAUACUUCUUGGGUAUCAUCUUGCAAGUGGCAUGAUAAUUCUUGGUUUCAUUUACUUUCUGCAUCUUAUGAUGGGAAAGUUAUGUUAUGGGAUCUGAGAACUGCGUGGCCUCUCUCAGUCAUUGAAUCACACAGCGACAAGGUACUAUGUGCUGACUGGUGGAAAGGUGACAGUGUUAUCAGUGGUGGAGCAGACUCAAAACUUUGCAUUUCUUCUGAAAUUCCCGUACAGUGACGGAAACUUCAAUCAUACUACGUUUAUUUUUUGAGGGGGAUGGGUUAGGGGCAAAUAUUUUUAUGUAAUGGGAACGGAUUAAGUUUAAGCCAAUUUUGUCCAAGGCACAAAUGACAAGUGUUGUAUCAGUUAUUGUGAACAAAAUCUGUAGCCGAUGGCUAUUGGGGUAAACCCUUAAUAUUAUGCAAAGCUUGAAUUCAUUCUAUAUGCCAA